AUGGUCAAGGAGAAACGCCCACCAGAAAAGUUUGGAAACCUUAUACGCUCCGAUUUCUGGUUCUACGAUGGAAAUAUUGUUAUAGUUGCCGGAUGUGCUGCUUUUAAGGUUCAUCGUGGACAACUGGAACGACACUCAGAAGUCUUCAGCGACCUUUUCUCAUUACCUCAACCUCAAGAGCAGGAACUCAUCGAUGGUUGCUCUUGCGUUGAAUUACAAGAUCCACCCUCAGAUGUUUUAUACUUUCUUGGUGCACUUUAUGAUGGUUUAUAUUUCAAGAAACAGCGCUCCACUGACUUCCCUGCCAUUGCUGCCGUACUUCGCUUGUCUUCAAAGUAUCUGGUCGAGCAUCUUCGCCAGCGCUGUCUACAUCGACUGGAUAAGGAUUGGCCAACUACGCUCUCUGGUUGGGACCUUAGGGAACGACGAUCCACAGAUGAAAAUGGACGGUACGUUCCCCGCGAUCACUGUGCUCAUCCGAUAUUGGUCAUAGAGCUGGCCCUUUCUAUGAACCUCCCUGCUAUGCUGCCUGCUGCUCUAUAUGAUCUAUCGCGAUAUGGGCCGAGUAAAAUCAUGAGUGGGACGACACUGCCAUUUACGAGUUUUGAUCGAAUGCUGAAAGAGCUUACUGGAGUGCAAGUGACGACGGAAAAGCCAGUCAAGCUUUCGCGCGAUCUUCUCUGUAGGACUCUUCGCGGUCGAGAAGCCACCCAACGUUACAUGGCCGGCUUUAUUGCUCGUCAUCUCCAUUGUCGGGCACCAGCAGCGGAAUGCCUCCACCGUAAUGAAAAGGAAAACCCAAGCCGGCCCUGCCACGAGUCGUUUUACUUCAUAAUGCUCAACAUCCUUCGCUCCGUGGGGGGUAUAGCCUGUGGUCGAGACGCCGAUCCUCUGUACACCCUAUCUCAAGCAACAGAAAUGUUGACUAGGACGGAUUUCUCGGAUGGGCAACGCCAGUGUGGAUUGAAGCUGUGUCAACCAUGCAAGAACGACUUCGCAGAGGCAGCGGCGAAGGCGCGGGAAGAAGUCUGGACUUUAUUGCCGCAAUGGUUUGGCUUCGUCGAGAGCGACAACAACGACUCUCUUCUGGACUUGGAUUGA